GUUGCGGCAUUCUUUAUGGCGACGUUACUGAUUUCACGUCAAUGCGACUAGCAGAGUCAACAAAAUUGUACAAAUCACGUCAAUUUCAUUAAUUAGGCAAUAAUCGACACACAAAAUGGAAUUAGUGAGAAAUGUAUGGAGAAAGUCUACUUUUUUAUAUAAGACCGGUAUGCAGUGUCUGCCUGUGAGACAUAGUGGCACUACAACGUCAAAUGUAGCCGAAGUGGCGGUGUUUUCACGAGAUGGUGAUUCAGGUCUAGGAAUCACAGAUGCCGGAGACACAAAACCAAAGGACGAUAUGAUUUUCAAUGCUCUCGGAGUGACCGAUGAGUUGUCUUCUUACAUAGGACUGGCGAGAGAGUUUGCUUGUGAUGGAAAGGUUGAACAUCCUUACGUCGAUAAGCUUAAGAGAGUGCAAAUGAUUUUAUUUGACCUGAACCAUGCCAUAUCAAAGUCUGUGCCUGGGAAGACCAGGUCCUUUGAAAGCAAACAUACUAAAGAUCUCGAAGAGUGGAUUCUUGAAUAUGCGAAUCAACUCCCUCCUCCAGAGGAUUACAUCAUUCCAGGCGGUGGAAAAGCUUGCGCUUCCUUACAUGUUGCACGAACAGUAUGUAGGCGUGCCGAGAGAAGUAUCACGACACUAGUGCGAGAUGGUGCUUUGGAUAAAGAGGCACAAACGUAUUUGAAUAGAUUAUCAGACUUCCUUUUAACAGUAUCACGUAUUGCAGCCAAAUGUGAUCAACGCACAGAAAAUAUUUAUAUUCCACGAGCAGAAGUGACGGAAGAAAAAUGAAGGGACUGAGUUAGAAAUUUUUGUAGGAAAUUUGAUUUUUUGCACUAACGUUAAUGCAUAAAUGUUCAAUAACCAUGUAUGCAGAUACAAAGAAUAGUAGCUAUGAUUAAGUCUAACAGUGUAAUUAUAUCUAUUUGUUAUCAAAUCCACCUGCAUGUUUCAUAUCCAGGUAGUGGAUGUGUAUUUUGCUGCAGACUAGCCAUGUAUCAUUAAAUUGGAAAUAUUUUUAAACAGAAUAAAAUUAGUUAUAUGAAGAGUA